GCGUGGACGAUGCUGCGCGUGUCUCUGAGUUUUUUCUCCAUCAUCAUUUUUGCGCUGGGCCCCUGUAGAGCCUCUGAAGUGAUCUAUCAGAUGCCCAGGAUCCGAGUGCAGCAGCUGAUGGAGAAACCGUCUGGAGAACCAGGGCAGAGCCUCCUCAGCAGUCCCUCUGAGUUCAGGAACUGGUGCCAGUUCACUGUAAGGAAGGUGGUUUCCUGUCAGACGCACAAUGGGACGGAGACUGUGGUCCAGCGCCGCUUCCAGACCUGCCGAUGGCCCGGGCCGUGCCAAAACCUCAUCAGCUACAGGUCACUGGUCAGACCCUCGUACCGAGUGACCUACAGACUGGUCACUGCGCUGGAGUGGCGGUGUUGUCCAGGUUUCCAUGGCCACGACUGUAGAGAAGAGUGCCUAAACUGCACAUAUUACUCCGACAUCAGUGAACGGCUGAACAACAUCGAAUUCAAGGUGAUGUCACUCAAAGACACCAGAGCCCCUCCUCUCCCAUCAAUCAGCCAAUCAGUUGAGAGAUCCGUACAUAAUGAGGUGGACGGGUUCCACCCCUCACCUUUCACGCCUGAUUCCAUUGGACAGCCAGUGCUGCAGGGCCCCCCAGGGCCAGCAGGGCCACCUGGAGCAACUGGACCCCCGGGGCCUGCAGGAGAGCCAGGUCUAAGAGGGAACCCAGGCUCAGCAGGACCCCAAGGAGAGAGAGGACCGCCUGGACCACCGGGUCGCUUCCCUUUCUCUGUUAGAGGAGACGUGUUCACACUGACCGCCAGACAGAAUGGACAACACGAUGAUGGCUCCUUCUCAGAUCGUUUUGGAGGCCGAGUGCUGUUCGGUCCCCCAGGACCAUCUGGACCUGCAGGACCUCCAGGACCUGCGGGACCCCCAGGACGCCCUGGUUCUCCAGGACAAAAGGGGGCGUCAGGCUUCUCAGGACAUCCAGGCCUUAAGGGCUCCAAGGGAGAUGCUGGAAAACAGGGGCCUCCAGGGGGCGCUGGAAGGCCAGGCAGGCCGGGCGGUCCUGGUCCGAAGGGCGACCCGGGUGAGACUAACUCAGAGGUGCAGCAGCUGAAGGUGGCGCUGAAGAUCCUGGCUGAAAGGGUUCUGAUCCUGGAGCACAUGAUUGGAGUGCACGAUUCUGAUCUGGAGUCAGGCUCUGGAAUCGACCUGUUCAUAGUGCCCACUGUUAGAGCUACAACCGCUGAACAGGACGAGUCAACUUUAAUCUCUAACAGUCACCAGUUCAGAGUGAAGAUGGGGCAGUAAACGGCCAUGGCCAGCAGGUGGCACCUCAUCCCCUUAAUCCACACUGAAAAUGGGGCAAAUCCAAUAAAAGGACUUAGAUCAGCUCAGUUAUUGCUACAUGUAUGUAAACGAAGAGCUGGCUGCAGAAAGCCGGCUGUGAUCUCUACCAAAGGGAAUGUUACUAAGUACUGAUUAAUAGUGUGUCCAAACUUUCGCCUCGCCACAACGGCUAUUGUAGCUUUUCUUUUUAUGUUAAUAAAACUGAGAGUAACUAUGCCUCUUAAAAUGUUCCGUAUAAAAUUGUUUAUUAGAGAACUUGUUUCUUUCUUGUCACUCAAAAAAUCAGUAAAAUAUGUCUUUUGUCGAGGAAUGCCCAGAAAUGUAUUGCUAAUUUCUUACAUGAUGAAUUUCCAUAAAUUGCUCAUUUUUUACACUUUACAGGCAGUUUUAUAUGGUGUGUUAUACUGAAGAUGUUCCUCAGUGACAUUCCAGCUUUUUCAAAACUAAAAAGACUAACUAUACCACACUACACUGAUUAACGAUCAACUUCAAAGUGUUUAUUUUCUCCAUGAGGGAAUGAGUUCACAGUUCAAUUAAAUGAGUUGGAGUUUUGCA